AUGGACAAGGUGGACAAAUGUUGGCUGUUGGAGCCCCAUAAUGACAACCUGUACAUUAAUUGUAAUUUGGACCUGAACAUGAAGAACAGGAUGGGUAACAAUUUAGUGAAAAGACAUAAUAAUUUCUAAGUGAAACCAAUCCCGAAUUAGUAUUUGCGGAUGUAAAUUUAACUGAAUCAAAAGUUGUACUUUCUGUUAAAUCUAGUGUAAAGUUCAAAGUUCUAACUUCAAAAAGAUUAUCGUCGCAAAAUCCAGUUGACAAUGUAUAAAUAGUAGGGGAUGUGUAAGUAUAUGAAUACGAAAAUGAUCCUAUUCUAAGUUAAAAAUUUUCAGAAGACCAUGUACCCUGAAAAUAUAAAUCGAUAUUUAUCCAAUCGCCAUUCCUGUAUCUAUCGUUCUAUUUACUUUGAGCAAAUGGAUGAUCUUGACUUAGAGUUAUAUAGCUAGUAGGAGGAGCUGCACAAGUGA